AUGGAUCUGUGGACUAAAUCAGUCGCUUGGAUUAUCUCCCAGGUCUUCGUGCUUCUCUCCAGCUCGUGCGGGACAACAGGAGGAGAAGAAGCCUGCGACAGCCCUCUGGUGUCCAAUCUGCCGCCAUCGUCUUUCAGAAGCUCCUCCCAGCUGUCCAGCAGCCACGCGGCCGGCUUCGCCAAACUCAACAGGAGAGAAGGAGCUGGAGGCUGGUCUCCUCUCACCUCAGACAGGUAUCAGUGGCUGGAGGUCGACCUGGGUGAGCGAACCAGGAUCACCGCCGUCGCCACCCAGGGCCGAUACGGCAGCUCUGAUUGGCUGUCGUCGUACCUGCUGAUGUUCAGCGACACGGGACACAACUGGAAGCAGUACAGACAGGAGGACAGCCUCGGGUCUUUUCCAGGAAACAGUAAUGCCGACAGUGUGGUUCAGUAUAAACUGCAGCAGCCGGCGGUCGCUCGCUUCCUCCGCCUCAUCCCUCUGGACUGGAACCUCAGCGGGCGGAUCGGCCUGCGGCUGGAGACCUACGGGUGUCCUUACAGUGGAACUUCAUCCACGGAGCUGCAGCGUCUCGCUUCCCUCGGCAGCCUGUUGGACGAUCAGCACUGGCACCAUGUCGUACUGGAGAGAGGCGGCUCUCACCUCAACCUCACUGUGGACAAACACGCGCAGAGGGUUCAAAUCCCUGCACAGUUCGGCCACUGGGACAUCGGACAGCUGAUUUUUGGGACGGUACCGAGCCUCAGCUCUCAGAAACCAAUCGUCUCCAGGAAGAACUUCCACGGCUGCCUGGAAAACCUGCUGCACAACGGACUCAACUUGAUAGAACGAGCGAAACACAACGACCCACAAGUGACUCUCAUGGGCAAUGUGACCUUUGCUUGUGCUGAGCCAGUUUCCGUCGCCGUGACGUUUCCGGGCCCCCAGAGCUUCCUCCAGUUGCCGGGGGCGCUGGCGUCCACUUCGUCGGGCGUGUCGGUUGAGUUCCAGUUCCGCACGUGGAACAAGGCGGGGCUUCUGCUCACCUUUGACCUCCCUCACCAAGGGGGAGUGGUCUGGCUGCACCUGAGUGACGCCAGACUGCGGCUGCAGGUGCAGAAGGCUGGCAGGGUGCUGCUGGAGCUCAGUGCAGGUUCUGCUCUGAAUGACGGUCAGUGGCACUCAGUGGAGCUCAACUCCAGAGGAGGACGUGUGACCGUCGCUGUGGAUGGAGAGGAAGGAGGCGUCGCUCACGCCAGCCUCUCAUUUCCUGUCACCACAGGAAGUCAUCUCUUCUUUGGGGGUUGUCCGGCUGAAGACGACCGUCAGGAGUGCAGAAACCCCUUCAACGUCUUCCAGGGCUGCAUGCGUCUCUUCAGUCUCCACAACCAGAACGUGGAUCUCAUCGCGGUGCAGCAAAAACAUCUGGGCAACUACAGCAACCUGCACAUCGACAUGUGUGGAAUCAUCGACAGGUGUUCCCCCAGUCGUUGUGAACAUGGCGGCCGCUGCAGUCAGUCCUGGACCAUCUUCCACUGCAACUGUUCGGACAGCGGCUACAGCGGAGCGACCUGCCACAGCUCUGUGUACGAGCAGUCGUGCGAGGCGUACAAACACAACGGCAACACGUCGGGUCAUUUCUACAUCGACGUGGACGGCAGCGGAUCAAUCAAACCACAGCUGGUCUACUGCAACAUGACAGCGGACGACACGUGGAUGGUGAUCCAGCACAACAACACGGACCUGACCAGAGUCCGAGCGUCACCAGGUGUGAACCAACGCCUGAUUCACUUUGACUACUUGACUGGAGAAGAGCAGCUGAUGGCUGCUGUCAGCCAAUCAGAGCACUGUGAACAGGAAGUGUCCUACCACUGCAGGAAGUCCCGCCUCCUCAACACUCCAGAGGGCUCUCCGUUCAGCUGGUGMCUCGGUGGUCCAGGCCCCGGUCAUCUGCAGACGUACUGGGGCGGAGCUCAGCCAGGCAGCCGACAGUGCGCCUGCGGCCUGCAGGGCGACUGUGUGGACCCCCAACACUACUGCAACUGUGACGCAGACGGCCUGGACUGGGCUGAAGACUCGGGCCUGCUCACCCAUAAGGAGAGCCUCCCCGUCAGGUCUCUGGUGCUGGGUGACAUCCAGAGGCCGGGGUCAGAGGCCGCCUACAGGGUGGGACCGCUCCGUUGUCAUGGAGACAAGAACUUGUGGAACGCCGCCUUUUUCGACAAGGAGACGUCGUACCUCCACUUUCCCACCUUCCACGGAGAGCUGAGCGCGGACAUCUCCUUCCUGUUUAAAACCACGGCCUCCUCGGGUGUGUUCCUGGAAAACCUGGGCAUCAAAGACUUCAUCCGCAUCGAGCUGAGCUCCUCCACUCAGGUGCUUUUCUCCUUCGAUGUCGGUAACGGUCCACUGGAAGUCCGCGUGGAAGCGAAGGCCCCACUGAACGACAACAGGUGGCAUCGAGUCCGAGCCGAGCGGAACAUCAAGGAGGCGUCGCUUCGGUUGGAUGAACUUCCUGCUGCCACUCAGGAGGCGCCUGCUGACGGACACUUCCACCUGCAGCUCAACAGCCAGCUGUUCAUAGGAGGCACAGCGUCCAGACAGAAGGGCUUCCGGGGCUGUAUUCGCUCUCUGCAGCUGAACGGCGUCACCCUGGACCUGGAGGAGAGGGCGAAGAUCACACCCGGGGUUCGACCCGGCUGCCCGGGUCACUGCAGCAGCUACGGCUCGCUCUGCCAGAACCAGGGCCGCUGCGUGGAGAGAGCCAACGGCUUCCACUGUGACUGUGGCCUGUCAGCGUACACCGGGGUCUUCUGCCACACAGAGGUGUCGGCCACCUUCGAGUCCACGACGUCCGUCAGCUACACCUUCAAGGAGCCGUACGAGUUGAUGAGGAACAGCAGCGCCCUGCCGUCCUCCAUCUACUCCGACAUGACGCUGAGAGGAGAGAACGUCUCGCUGAGCUUCAGGACCAAUCAGAGUCCAGCUCUGCUGCUCUACGUCUCCUCGUAUUACAGAGAGUACCUGGCCCUACUCAUCAACAAGCACGAUAAGCUGGAGGUGAGGUAUAAACUGGACAGCAGCAGAGAAGCAGAAGUGCUGAGGAGCAGAGUGAAGAGUUUGGCCAACGGACAAUUACACACUGUUACUGUCAGGAGACUGAGCAACUCUGUGUCUGUGCAGAUCAACCAAAACACCAGAGAGGACUUCAACCUGUCGUCUGACGGAGAGUUCAACGCCAUCAAGUCUCUGGUGCUGGGCAGAGUGCACGACUCUGACGAGUUGGAUCCAGAGCUGUCCAGGCUGGCGUCUCUGGGUUUCAGCGGCUGUCUCUCAGUGCUCAGCUUUAACUCCAUCAGUCCUCUGAAAGCCGCCGUGCUCCACCCGGACACCAGCCCCGUCAUCAUCAGCGGACCUUUACUCCGCUCCAGCUGCGGUUCCUCGGCUUCGGCCAAUCCCUACGCAGCGGAGAACAAACACCACCUCGCCACAGACCUUGGUUCAGUGGGUUCAGGUCAACCUUUAGUAAAUGCCAUGAGGACCGACUCGGCUCUGAUUGGAGGUGUGAUAGCGGUGGUGAUCUUUGUGAUCGUGGCCGCCCUGGCGAUAACGGGCAGAUUCCUCUACCGGAGGAAAGAGACGUAUCGAAACCAGGAAGUGAAGGGGGUCAAACGGGAGGACAGCCCAGAUUUUCCUUUCAACAACCAGACUGACUCCCAGAACGUCUGCAGUGAAAACCGAAAGGAGUAUUUCAUUUAGCCGGAGCCGACCUGAUGAACCGGUGGUUUUCGGAGCUGAGGUGCAGACGCCUCAGAACCUCUCGCUGCACUCAGAGCCACUGGAGACUUCUUUCACAGAAGUUGCUCUGCAGCAUGUGGAGGCAGAAACUGGACAAUUUGCACACGGUGUUGUUUUUCUGUUCCUUUUUCUGUACAUUGUGAAAACUGAUGCAAACGGGAAACAGUGUUGGACUUUAAAAAAGGUGUCGAUGUCCGUGUUUCAUCUGUAAAUAUUCAGAAAUGUAAAUGCUGAGUUCACGUCUUUGUAACAAUCUCUGGCUAACGUCACUUUGUCAUAUUGAAACGUUGAAAAUCGUGGAGGUGUCAGUAUUUUUAUGGUGUUUGGGAAAAGUGUUUUUUUUUUUUCUUUUUCUUGCAGAGGUCAAGACAAACUCUUUUACAUCAUCACUUUCUGAACUCUGGGGAUAUUUUAGGUCUUCAACUUUUAGGAUUUGUCUUUCUCACCUUCAGUCCACUUAUUUGUCAUUUUCAACCCUUCCUUCUCUUGGAGGAUUUCAGUUCUACCACAGUUACUCCCGUUUCUGCAGAAGCAGCUGUGCAGAUAUCUGAAGCUCGGUUUGACUGAAGCACAUCAAAGUUGCUUCUCUUAUGUAAAUUUCCAUUUGAAGGACUCCAGCUGGUUUCUCCUGCAGAAACUUCCCCACAGUACGACUUCUUAGCUUCACGUUUCAAGUGAUUCAGACAACGUUGCUCCAGUCAAACUAGAUUCCCACUCGAUUCCUUUAUGAAACGUGUUUGACUGUGAAGUCAACGGGUUGAGAUAUCAGAGGUGGACUGACGUGGGCAUUCAGUUUGUUCUUUCCUUCUUUCUUUUCCGACCACAAAAAGCCAUUAUAUCUUUUUCUUUUUCUCUCUCCUCCCUGCCGCCGGCCGCCCGCUGGAAGCUUCCUCUCCCAGCUCUCUGAGCAGCAAAGCUUUUAACACUGACGGCAGCACAGGCUCUGUAACACCGGGCCUGUCUGUCACCUCGCUCGCUGCACGCACAGACGGUUUUUUCAAAUGCUAAUCUGCUUCGCUCUGACAGGUGGAUUGUGAAAAGCAGCGAGUUGAUCAGAAUGAGGCGGUGAGAUAAUCCAGGAGGCGUCAGGCAGACAUGUAAUGAAAACACAUUCUGAUAUUAGCACUGGAAACGACGCCGCGUGUGUUAAUUCAGCUCAUGUGUAAAGAGGAGCUGCCGAUGGAGGGAAGCUGAGAAGCAGAAAGAGGAUCGACAGCAGCUGUUAAACAAAUAUACACCACCGUCUCUCUCCGCCAGGCCCCAAAGCACUGAUGGGAUUUUAAUGAGAUAAGUUGCUAAAACUUUAAAGUGCAUUUUUAAUGGUUUCACACACACAUGAGAUUUUACACCACAGACAACAGCGCUAUGUAAAGAUCUGGUGGAGCAGAGACGUCUGUCUGGUCACACAAGCAUGAGCAGAGUGUUCAGAUGAAAGUGAAACAACUUUGUCUGAUAAAGAUAAAACCAGAAUCCAACGAGCUGCUGAAGUUCUGCAGCUUGGCUCUGAUCAAGUUUCUCCUCUGGUGGCUGUUCAUCGGUGGCCGGCUGGGACUGCGGAGAACAAGGCAAGCGGUGACGUUGUGGCUGAAGAAAGGCCAGAGUUGGUUUUGGGCUGAGAGAAUAUCCAAUAUAUUUAUAAACCUUUAAUAAUAAGAUUCGUCAUCUCCCACAGACCAGGUCUCUACAGCAGUGACGAAUCUUUGUCGUGAAAGCAUCUGAUGUUUGUCCGUCAGUUUAUUCUGGACUGAAAUAUCUUAAUACUCUAGCGUUUCAGUUUUCUUUUUACUGCUGAUUAUGAAAUUGUGUACGAAAUGAUCCACGGAUACAAAACUGACCGUUCACCUUCAAUCACCAUGUUGAACUUGCGACCAUAUACCGUAAGUUAGCAUGCUAACUUGGUAAACCUGCUAGGAAACAACAUGCGGUAGCUCAUCUCGCCACAGGAGCAGUUAGCAUUGAUGUGAUCAUCACAUGAUUGAGCCCAAAGAUUCAUUUAAACCAUGAAUAAUUAAACAGAAAAUUCAUUUACUAUCAGUCGAGCUGCUCCACUGUAUCUUUACAUUGUUUAACUUAAAAUAUCAAGAAUGACGAUUUUGCUGGAGGUUUCAUCUUCUCACGGUUUCUUGUCAGUGUCGCUAUAAUAAUGUGAUGGUACAUAAUGUUGGUGAAUAUCAGUGAUGUCAGUGAGUGAAACACCAUAAAAAAAUAUAUAUAUCCAGGAGAUUCAAACCAUUUUCUGGUUGUUUGGUUACAAACUAA